AUGGCUGCGUUGUCUUCGAAUCUGCCACCGAGGUUCAAGUUCAGUCCGACGGACGUGCAAAUCAUCGACUACUACUUGAGGUUAAAGAUCACUGGGAAUGACGAAGAGCUUUACUUUAUUCGCGAAGUUCAGUUAACUGACGAAGAGCUUUACGUUCUUCAAACGGGAGCCCGGGGAUAUGCCAGUCUGGUAUCUUUAACUGUAAGUUUAUCCGGCAUAGAGACGACGGAUGGAGAGUGGAUCUUCUUCUCGUCCCCAGAACUGAAGCAGCCGAAUGGGAAACGGUUUAACUGGAGGACCGACGCUGGGUACUGGAAAGUGACCGGUAAGGAUCAAGAAAUCUGGUCCGGAGCGAGCUUGAUUGGAAAAAAAAAGUUUCUGGUUUUCUAUAAGAGGGGUACUGCUUCUAAAUGGGAAAAAACCAAUUGGGUAAUGCAUGAGUACCACACAACCUUGAAGGAGCUUGAUGGCACCAAACCCGGACAGAAAGCCUUUGUCCUCUGUCGUUUAUUCUAUAAGCCUAAGCAAAACUCCGGCAAAGCUGGACCUGCCAAGUCUAAAUUAGCACUGGAAGGGCAAGCUGAAGAUCAUCCAACUACUAAUGAAUCUCUUCAUUCUGAAAUUUCUAAUGGAAUGACAUAUGACACUUCAGAAUCUCCAGACAAGGGCAGCAGAGCUCGAAAGCGAAAGGACUCUAGCAAAGCUGGACCUGCCAAGUCUAAACGAAGUGCGACUUCAGUAUCUCCAGCACUGGAAAAGCAAGCUGAUCGAAGAUCAUACAACAAGUAA